AUGGCGCUGCUAGGUGACGGUUCGCGGGCUCGGCGCGGCGCCUGUCGCACGUGGUGCGUGGCGCUGGUGGUGUGCGUGCUGGGCUCGGCGCUGGCGGCGGGCGUCGGCGUCGGCCUGCCGCUCGCCAUGGGUUGGCUGCCCUGGCCGCACAGCCGCCUCGACGUCGUGCGCCGCCUGCUCGCCGAGGUGCCGCUCGUCGACGGGCACAACGACCUGGCGUGGAACGUGCGCCUCUACUGCCGCGGCCGGCUGUCGGCCGUCAACCUGACGGAGGACCUGCGCCGCGUCGAGCCGUGGGCCAGCAGCGCGUGGUCGCACACCGACCUGCCCCGGCUGCGGCGCGGUCUCGUCGGCGCACAGUUCUGGUCGGCGUACGUGCCGUGCGGCGCGCAGCACCUGGACGCGGUGCAGCUGGCGCUGGAGCAGGUGGACCUGGUCCGCCGCAUGACGGCGCUCUACCCGGGCCAUCUCACCUUCGUCUCCUCUGCCGACGGGUUGGUGGCGGCGCACCGCGAGGGCCUGGUGGCUUCGCUGGUGGGUGUGGAGGGCGGCCACGCGCUCGGCAACUCGCUGGCCGUGCUGCGCAUGCUCUACGCGCUCGGCGUCCGCUACCUCACGCUGACGCACCUCUGCAGCACCGCGUGGGCAGACUCUUCGGCGGCUGGCGAGUUGGCCGACGACCAGGAGUUGCCGCCCGCCACGGCCUCGCCCCUGCCUCCGCCUCCGCCGCCCCCGCCGUCGCCGUCGCCCACGCCCCUCGUGCUGGCCGACGCCGCCGCGGACGCUGACCCGCCGGCCGAACUCCUGCCGGGUCUCUCUGCUGUCCGCCGUCCCGGGCUCACGGAAUUCGGCAGGAAGGUGGUGCGCGAGAUGAACCGCCUAGGCAUGAUGGUGGACCUGUCGCACUCGAGCGUCGCCACCAUGAAGGACGCGCUGGAAGCGAGCCAGGCGCCCGUUAUCUUCUCGCACUCCGCCGUCUACGCGCUCUGCAACAGCUCCAGCAACGUGCCCGACGACGUACUGAGAUCCUUGGCGACGAACGGCGGAGUGGUGAUGCUGAGCCUGUACCCGUAUUUCAUCACCUGCAGCGCAGUCGCCAACAUCACUGACGUCAUAGCGCACAUCAACCACGUGCGUGACGUCGCUGGGGUGGACCACGUGGGCCUGGGUGCUGGUUUUGACGGCAUCAGCCACACAACGACGGGACUGGAGGACGUGUCGAGGUACCCGCAGCUGCUGGCCGCACUGCUGGAAGACCCGUCCUGGAGUGAGGAUGACGUCAAGAGGCUGGCAGGACUCAACCUGCUCAGAGUCUUCCGCCAGGUCGAGCAGGUGCGAGAUAAAUGGCGGUUGGCAGCCGUGACGCCGGGAGAGGAUUUCAUCCCCAGUGCCAACGUGGAGGUGGCGGCCGGCAACUGCACUUACGUGGGCUCCUGACCGCGGGGCACUGCGCGAUUUUCCCGGCCGGCAGGCACACGCCCAUCCGACGGCUUCCUCUCUGCUCUCCUUCUCGUCGAGCUGUGGUUACGGCGUGGGACCCUGCUAGCUCCCCAGAAGUACGAAACUUGAUGAAAGGAAAUAUGUAAAAGCUGGCGAACGCAAGAGCCACAGGUGGUACUGUAGAACGGGCUCAGACGCAAGCGACGUUUGUGGAAGAAGACGAUUGUGAUACUUACGCCUUACAUGAAAAGAGAAAGCUUUAAAGGUGAUGCAGAUAGUGCUGCUGCAGAGUAGCAGUUCGUGGAUUGUCGAUGGUGCUU